GAAAAACAAGGAAUCUAUAAAUAUAAAAAAGUUUUGCAUAAAAUUUGCAGUCGUGGAUACCGUCAGUGAAUUCCAGGAGUCACCUGUACGACCAUCGCCUCCUGCAACUCCACCAUAUCACCGGCUAACAAAAGCUUUGCAGUCUGAUCCAAGAUGUGGACACGAGGUGGCUCUUGGGAGGCGAGUGGGUUUGUACAGAUUUUGCGGCGAUAUCGGGCGUGGAAACUUUUCAAAAGUCAAAUUGGCCGUGCACCAGUUGACGCGAGACAAAGUUGCUGUCAAAGUAGUUGACAGAGGUGGACUAGAUGCUAGAGCCCUUCGUAUGCUGUCCAGAGAAAUUGCCACCCUCGAAUGUGUUCAUCAUCCCAACAUACUGAGGCUUUUUGAGGUAGUGGAAACUCUUGGUCGCGUCUACCUUGUCACCGAAUGGGUACGAGGAGGUGAAUUAUACAAUCACAUUACACAAAAUGGACCACUUAGAGAGACUCAUGCUUCGCCAUUGUACAAGCAAUUGCUCUUAGCUGUUAAGCAUAUGCACAGCUUGGGUUUUGUUCAUCGCGAUAUAAAGGCUGAAAAUGUUUUGCUUGUUUCUGAGAAUCGUCUCAAAUUGGCUGAUUUUGGAUUCAGCACAGAACUGAUAAAUGGUGCCAACCAAAAACUCGAUACAUUUUGUGGAUCCCCUCCUUAUGCAGCUCCAGAGCUAUUCUCCGAUGAUCAUUAUAUUGGAGCACCAGUAGAUGUCUGGGCACUUGGUGUGCUUUUAUAUUUUAUGGUCGUUGGAAAUAUGCCAUUCCGAGCCCCAACAGUUCCAGCUUUGCGAACUGCUGUACUAAAAGGAGACUAUGUUCUUCUUGGACAUAUCAGUCUACCAUGCAUUAGACUUAUUCAACGAAUUCUAGUCCACCUUCCAUUAGGCAGACCAACUUUAGAUGAUAUGCUUUCAAGUCAAUGGGUAAUGAGUCCCCAACUUAGCACAGAAUUGAUGCAACACGAAAUCAAUCUUCGAACAAAGCCAACCAAACGUUCUGGAUUUUGGUUUCGUACCAAAUCUCGACGAAUACGUAAGAGCUAUUCGUUGCGUGAACGCUAUAUAGAAAUUACCAAUAAGCCUCCACUAAAUUUGAAUACCAAAAAAACCGAAGGAAUUUUUGUGGACAAUUUUCUACAUCCCAUUGAGGUUAAUUACGAUGCAAGUUUAGCAGAAUGUUCACAAACAAGCCUUCCCCGCAAAUCAUUUUUUGGCAGUACGAUUAUGAAGAAAAAAAUAAGCCCCUUGGAUACGACUCGAGAAAAGACAAUAAUGAAUGGAAAUGGGUCGAAUAAAUGUUGCGAACAUCGUCGUUGGAAUGCUGAAGCAGCUGCAGAAUCACCAUUGUUUAAGAAUUACGACGAAGAGAAAGGUGCUUUUAUAAUGUUGCCAACUGCCAUCGAUGAUUUAAGUGCUUUGAGUCCUCUAGAAUCAGAAGCUAGAAAAAUAUUAGAUGAACUUGGUGUGACUUCAGAGAUGUUACGAAAUGCCAGUGAAAAUGGUCCGAGAAGUGAUAUAAUUGGAGCUUAUAGAAUUGUUAUAAAUCGCCUUCAAAAGCAAUCAUGGUUGGCUAAACGUCAUGUAGAAAUAGCAUUGCAGGAACAGCCUAAGAUUCUAAAACAAAAUCGAACAUGUACUAUUCUUUAAGUAUAGACUUUUUGGCUUGGAAUCAUUUAGCAAUAUUAUGAUCUCUGCUUGAAGAAGUUUCAGUUUUUUUUAUAGUCAAAAUUAAUAAUAAUUCAAUACCAAAGCUGUAAACAUUCAUAGAAAAGUUUAGUUUUUAAGUUAAGAACGAUCGACAGCAAAACAUAUAAAAUUGAAUUGCGUCACACAAAAAAUUGCUGAAGUUAAAAUGCAUGUAAAUGUAUCAUUAGAAAAUUAACAAUCAAUAAUUGAAUAAGUUAAUGAUAUUACACGAUGACUUGACUUGAGUUAUUCUCAUUUCAUGCUAUAUUGUGUUCCCACCCAAACAAGUCGAGUGAUUUUAUCAAAUUUUCGAAGAUCACUUCCGAAACAGCAGAGUUUACAUUUGUUUUUUUUUAGAAUUUUUUCGAACUACGUUAAUGCAAGUGAUUUAGG